AUGGCGCCACACCGGAAGGUUCUUGUCAUUGGCUCGCCCGAAGGGGUCGUUCCUGACAAUGUUUGGGAAGACUUCUGCACACGGUACGCGGUCUACCAAUAUGAUUUCCCAACUACAAAAGAUUUUUAUCAGUCUCUGAAGGGCGGUGCUUGCCAUGACGUAUCGGGAAUCAUGAGAAUCGGCCUCAACGUUCCCUCCGGGAUCGAAAAGGUUGGCAACGGCUGGACCAAACGCGCACUGGAAUACUUCCCCAAAUCGCUAAAGUUGAUUGUUAACUUCGGCCAUGGAUUUGAGGAGGAAGAUGUUGCCGGGCUGAAUUCCCGAGGCAUCGAGUUCUUCAACACGACAGGCGGUAGCGAAGCAACUGCUGUCGUCGCAACCUACCUCAUCAUCUCCGUCUUUCGUCAGCUCAACCGAUAUGAGCGUAUGCUUCGGGACGAUCAAUUCCUACCAGCACUGAGGCACUCUGCACAAACAGCUGUAGAUCCCUACGGCAGAAAGUUGGGCAUCAUUGGCAUGGGCUCGAUCGGACAGACUGUUGCACGCCAGGCUGCAGCAUUAGGUAUGGAGAUCCAUUGCAUCGACAGGCCGAAUCUGAGGAAGCUUCUUGAGACUGUUCAACACGAAGAUGGAUAUAUAAGGGGCCUCAUUCCGCCUGUGGCACUUCACAAGGAUCUGCAAGCGCUGGUUGCCGUUGUUGACUGUCUGGUUUUGACGUGCUCUUACUCUGCGGCAACCCAUCACCUGCUUUCGCAAGAGGUCUUUUCAGAUAUGAAAAAGGGCAUGAGGAUUGUGAAUGUGGCAAGGGGAAAGUGUAUCGAUGAGGAUGCUAUGUGUGACGCCAUCGAUAGCGGGGUCGUAUCCAGCGUUGGACUUGACGUUCAUUACAACGAGUAA